CGCGCCUGUCGAGUGGAACGACGCGCUUGUAUCGUGUUCCACAGAGUGCGCACAUGCAUCAGACGCGCUGCGGUGCGCGCGAGUGCGUGGCUGCUCCCGUGCGACACAGGCGCCUGGAAAGGCAAGCGGGGCGUGACGCGGCCUGGACGGGCGAAACCAAAGAGGCGUGUCGGCUGGCACCAGAGGACCCUCUGUCGCCUGUGUUUGAUUGAGUGUUGGGCCAGAGGUGGUCGCGGGAGUUGGCCGGAUCCUGAUCAGCAGCGUCCGCUAUGCGGUGGUUGCGGUGGUGGAUGUGGUGGGUGCGGUGGGCGACUGCCGGGCAACGAAUCACCACCACCACCACCACCACCACAACCACAUGCGCCAAACAUGCAACGCGUGCGGUAACGUCGCCAAGGCCGGUCUGUUUCGGGCUUUGUGCAAUGUCUAUUCCCUGCCUUGCGCCCGCAGUCUCACCAUCGGAGACCAAGGAGCAAGCAGGCAGAACAAGCAAGGAAUCAUGGUGGAGGAGGGGGGUGGGCCCACGAGCCCCAAAGAAAUGCAGGAGGAUACAGCGGGUGAAAAUGCAAGUUCAAGGCGGAUAUGGUGCAAGAUUGAGGCAGCCAGCGCGAGCGCCAUCGCGCGGCUCCUGGAUUUCUGGUGCAAAAGGUGUCUUUCGGCUGCGUGAAGGUUGAUGGUCGUCGGAACAGCGUCGCAACGGCCUCGGCCUGCCACUUGUCGGCUGCGGCGAGCAUGUCGUCGCU